UGUUUCCAAAAUCCAGUGCGGUGUCUGUUGGAAAGGCGAUUGAAAGGUUAUUGCAUCAUUGACGUUGAGAUGGCAAAACGAGAUCAUUUUGAUGUGCUGAUUGUUUGUCCUCGGGAGUCAGAGCUGCAGGCUGCACGUCACGUGUUUGAACACGAAACAAAGAGCAAGUUUGAAGGAGCUCACACUGAUCUCCCUUACAACCUUCGUUUAUGUCAUGGAUGGAAUGAUUUGCCUUUGAAUGUUGCCAUGGUAGCUCAGGUGGAGUGUGGUGGUUUUGAGAGUAUGAAGCUUGUUGCUGACUUGGCAAAACAUUUUACUGUUGGUUUGAUUGCAAUGACGGGCAUUUGUGCUGGAGAAGAAGACAGAAAGAGAGGAAUAGAGUAUGGGACAGUUGUGGUGGCAAAGAGAACAACAACAGAAUGUGGAGGGUUAGAGAAGGAAGAUGGAACAGUUCAAUCUCGUGCACGUUACGUAGAAGUGAGCAAAAUGCUUGCUCCAGCACUGAAUGAAGUUGUUGAGACAAGAGAAAAUCACAAAUGGUCAUCGUAUGUUCCUGCUAAAUUGUAUUGUGCCAGUCCACGAUAUGUAAAGGAGCUGCUGCUUCAGUGUGUUUUAGACAAUGAAGAAAUCAAGGAGAAGAAGGAUUGUGCAGGCAUUAAGAAAAAGCUUUUUGUAGGCAUCAAAAAGAAAAUGCUUCUUGCAAUUAUAGAAAGUAAACGUUUAGGCCUUACUAGACAUGACGUCAUGGAGGUUUUAGAGAAAAUGGAGAAAGAACAUGAGCCAUUAGUGUAUGCAGAAGGGAAGCUACAGGAAUACAAGUCAACUGAAGCAGGAGAGUUGUAUGCCAAUAAGCAAGUGGAAUUUCUACAAGAAAACAGAAGUUUUACAGUUGUAUCUGGAUCAGUAGGAUCAGUUUUCAUGGACAGUGAGAGACUUGACAUGACAAAAGUGAGACAAAAAAUGGCACAUCACGACAUCAAAGCUAUUGAUAAAGAAGCUCAUUCAUUCAUGGAACAAGCGACAGACAGUUUCAGUCCUGGAUUAGCUGUUGUGAUGAAGGGAAUAUCUGACUACGGAACUGAGAGCAGCAAACUGAUGUAUUACGAAGCUUAUGCUGCUGCCACUCCAGCUGCAUUUCUGAGACAUUUCAUCACUGAAAAGAAGUCUGUGAUCAGUUGUGGGUCAUUGAAGGCUCAGCUGUUUGAUUUGUGUGACAUUGUGGGUGAGAAGUGGCGUGAUUUGGCUGAUCGUCUCAACAUGAGCACAUAUGAUGUUGAGAUGAUAGAACUGGAGAUUCACACAAAGAAGGAACGAGCAUUUAUGAUGCUAUGCAAAUGGCAGUCAAUGGUAGGAGACAAUGCAACUGUAGAGAAGGUAAAAGCUGAACUAAAUGAGAUUGAAGAGCAGAAGAAGGAAGAAGCCAUUGCAAGUAUAGUGUUUCCCAAUGAGCUAAUGGAAGAAAAGCAAUUUUGUGGUCGCAAGAAAGAGUUGACAAUUUUGUCCAACACAAUGUGGGGAGAAAAGGCUCCACAAGUGUCUACGUCAUUGAAAUUCUGCUGUGUGGUGAUCAAAGGAAUGGGCGGAGUGGGGAAAUCAUCUUUGGCAGCCAAAUAUGCAUUUCAAUGUAAACAUCUGUAUAGUGAUGGAGUGCUGUAUUUCAAUGCAGAAUCAUGGGCAACGCUGACAAACUCAGUCAUACACAAUCUCACAGUUUUGUCUUUAAGUUCUCCUUCUGUUUUACGUUCCCACAGUCGAUUUGAUGAGCUAAAGAGCAAUUCAUUACAAGUCAACAAUGCAGUGCUGCUUAACCACAUUUCCAAGCUUCCUAAGAUGUUGCUGGUGUAUGAUGGUGCAGAUGAUCUCUCUUUUCUGCCUAAAAUUCUUCCUCGUUCAACUGCUCGUGUCCAUGUAUUGAUCACAACUCGAUGUGUUGAUUGUUCUGUGUUACAGAAAUCACUAAAUCAUGUCAUCUCUCUUGGUUGUUUGGAAGCGGAAGAUGCCGUGGCAGCCAUAGCCAUGUGGUCUGGUCGUCAACCGUCCAACAGUCAAGAAACAGCAGCAGCCACCAAAUUGUCAGUUGAAGCUCCCAUAGAAAAGCUAGCAAUUGCUCUUGCUCAUGCAGGCACGUAUAUGCGGAAAGCACAUCUAAGUUAUGAGGAAUAUUACAAACUGUUGAAAAGAAAUGAAGUUGAACUUGAGGGUUUGGCAUUGGAUCUUGACAAACUGUUGCAUUACUUUAGAGCAAGUCGUCUACAUGAAGUGCUAAUGGAAGCUGAUGUAACUCAGCCUCCUGAUUUGAAACGGUUGAGUGACAGGAAUAUUGAUGAGUUGGAUAUAAGUGAACGUGACAAAAAUGUUGUAAAAAAUGUGAGAAAUUUUAUGAUGUCUUCUAGUCAUGCUCAUCUGACAUGGCAGAUGGACAUUGAGUUGGUUGCAAGAGAGAAUGCCAAAGCGUUGUCUCUACUUGAAUAUGCAUCAUUUCUGUCUUCAAGAGACAUUCCAGAGAAGCUCGUUCGUCCUCUUGUGUUUGGUGAAUGUGCCAAUUAUGAAUACAGUUUGUGUGUCUCAAGUUUGUCUUCACACAAUUUAGUUGAAUGGCACGAGACAGCAGAAGGUUACACUUUGAAUAUUCAUCCAUUGGUGCAGUCAACAGUGAUGGAACGUGUCAAGCAACAGCCAGAUGAGAUGGAAUGUAAACUAACUGAUGUUUGUAAAAAUAUGCUGUCUCAUCUACCGAACAAGACAAUAUACAUAACUUGUCCUUUACCAUUUCAACUUGCUUCUCACUCGUAUUCAUUGGCUAAGCAUGUAUUGGUAGCUGAUGUAGAAAUACCAACUUGCUUGGAUUUGGUUAGGUGUACGUGUGUUACUUCUCUAUACUUCCAGCCUCCUGACACAGCAUAUUAUUUGUGUAAAAAAUGGUACCACAAAGUGAUGCAGUUUGACAUUUUUCCAGAUGAGGUCCAACGCAAAUGGCUCAUAGAAGCAAGUGUCUUUUUGAGUAUGGCAUGUUUUUGCAUGUUGAAAUUUAAGGAAUCAUUAGAUUUGAGUCUGAAAAGCAAGAAGAUGAUUGAUGAGUUAAAACCAGAUGAGAAGAAAGAAAUAUAUCAAUAUCAUGAACGAGUAUUGGGAAACAUUUGUUAUUGCUAUCACAAGCUAAACAAAUUUGAAGAAGGAAAGUUUUAUCUGAAAGAGUGGAUGUUGGUGAUGAAAACUUCUGGAGAACAACUUGGACGUGAAUUUGCUUUUGUUGAAUGCAAGAUGGCAGACAACUACUUAGAGAGGGGUAAACGAGACAAAGCAAUGAAAUUAUGCCAACAAGUGAUGGAAAAGUUAAAUGAUAUGGAGGAACAUGAUCAGAUCAGAGGUAAAGAAUUUGAAUCAUAA